UCGACUUGACAUUUCUGUCUAAACAAUUCCUGAAUUGUUAUUAACAUUAUAAUGGUUAAUUAGUGUUUGAAAUUUCAUAUUUCGCAUGUGCUACAUCAGCAAUGGACCUUAAAAAGGUGAGGUGACUGCUACUAGUCUGGCACUGCGAUGGACCUUUGCAAUUCACCUAAAAUUACUUUCAUCGCACUAAUUUAGACUUGGUGGUUGGGAAAAAUAUUUAUACUUUAAUAAUAAUUAAACUGUAGCACAAGGUUUAGGGUUAUCUUGCAUGUUAACACACUUUCAGAGCUAAGUAACACUUUCUAGUCAGGUUACCCUCUAUCCGUCAGUCAAAUGACCUACGCAAAAGAUAAAGCUCGUAAAUUUGAAUGCGAUGUUUGUAAAAAGAAGUUUUUAGGUGCUAACGAUCUCCGCAAGCAUGUUCGGAUACAUACAAACGAGCGACCCUACGUCUGCAACGAGUGCGGACAGGGGUUCCGGCAGGCCGGUUCCCUCAAGAACCACAUCGUUUGCAAGCACUCGCCGGGAUUGCAAAACAAGGAUAUAUUCGUCUGCAACUACUGCAGCAAAGCUUUCCCGAUAAAGGAGAGGCUGCGCCUGCACCUCAGGACCCACACCGGGGACAAACCCUAUGAAUGCGAGCACUGCGAUAAGAAAUUCGCAAGAGGGGGGCAACUCGCUCAACAUAUGCGAACCCACACUGGUUCGAAACCGUACAUUUGCCACGUGUGUAACUCUACAUUUACUUGCUCCGCGAAUCUGAAGCUCCACAUGAACCGGCAUCUGGAGAUAAGGAACUACAUUUGCGAUAUAUGCGGGAAGUCGUUCUUUAGAAGAGACGCGCUUAAAAAGCAUCUGAACUGCUAUCACGCCAACGUCAAAGCUUUCCACUGUAAAAUCUGCAACAAAGAAUUAAAAGGGCAUUUACCGCAACAUAUGAGGACGCAUCUGAAAGAUAAACCUCACGGUUGCGCCCAUUGCGGUGCUAGGUUUGCGCAGAGGUCUCAGUUAACGGUACAUCAAAGAAUACACAGUGGGGAGAAGCCCUACAGGUGUCAAGUGUGCUGGAAAGCCUUCGCUCACUCCACGGCGCUCAAGUUGCACACACGUCGGCACACGGGAGAAAAACCUUUCGUUUGUAUGCUUUGCAAUACUUCCUUCUCUCAACUUCCGCAUUUGAAGAAGCACAUGCUCUGCAUCCACAAGAGCAACAAGCCCUACGUGUGUGGUCACUGCAAGUCGUUUCAUAAAACGAAAAUUGAGUUGGAGACGCACUAUCACAAAUGCAAGGUACUGAAAAAGAAACCGAAGGUAGACGAGGUUAAAGUGGAAGGUACUAAUAUAGAACCGCCGAUGGCGGUGGAAAAGAUGAGGUUCCUUUUGGCUAUUCUCCUGAAAAAGAUCUCGGUGCCCGAAAGACUCGAGGAGCUUGGGUUCAAUAGAAGAUUAAUAGAUGACGUACUAAUAGAAUCCAUUAAAAAUUCGGGUAGGGAACCUUGCAAGGAAGAUAUACCCGUAGCUGAAAAAUUGAAAAGAAACGUACAAAUUUUGCUUGAGUGGACGGUCCCGAAGCAAUAUAUGGAAAAAUUUAAAACAGAGCAACGCUCCACUGAGGAGCUUUUAGAAGAAUUAACGUCAUAAUAUGUAUGACCAAACAACUUUGGAUAAUUUAGCAAGAGCUAAAUUAUUUUGUUUAUUUGGUUAUUUCCGUUUACUAAUUCAAACUGAAUGUAUUCAUGCAAAUAUUUAUGUCACAUUUUGUGAUAAGAUUCUAAACGAUUCUUAGAAAAAUGUUUGUACUCAUUGCCAUUCAGGACCAUAACCAGGAGGUGUAAUUAACGGACGGGCAAAUAAAAUUUUAGGUCGGUGAUAUGUAUUUAUUUUUAUCGAUAACUUCUAUUUUAUAACAGAAAGGUGGAAGGCACGGAAUAUAAGAAAUGUCACUGAAUUCUAACUAAAAGCCUGAUUAUUGAAUGUUUAGGAAAUUUAUUUUUUUUUGUUAUUUGUCUUUGCCAGAUCAGAAAAAAAUUUUCCUAAGAAGAGCUCAGUCCGUAUUGUUUUCCUCUUAGUUGUGGCCCAGGCACUAUUUCUUUAAGUUCUUUUGACAAUGAUCUUGUAUCAUAUUUUCAGAAGAGGAAAUGUCAAAACAUUGGUAUUUCAAUAUAAGGUGAUUGUUAAGGUAUGGCAUACAUAUAAAUUUUUGCUUGGCAUUAGUGUAAAAUUCAUGUACAACUACUUACCAAAGUUUUAUUUUAUUAAUCAUAAGAUGAGAAAUCAAAAUCAUUUUGUACCUGUGUAAAGGGUAAAACUUUUUAAUGGCCAUACAGUAUAUAAAUAGCCCACAUUUGGUGCAAUACACAUAUUCUUUUACAAAACUAGAAGAAAAUGUUAAAGCACGAGGGUCAUUUGAAAAAUUCGCUGCUUGACGUAAGUGUCGGUCAUAAGUGACAUCUCACAAAAUUUCAAAUUAGUUCUUCAAUCAGUUUGUUGUAAAUUGAAAUAAAAAAAAUUUUAGUUGUUAAAAUGAAGUGACAGUCAGUCUGAGAAUUUUUCAUAUCGGCCUUGUUAUAAUGUUUAAUAACAAUGCGGAAUCGUAUUUACUAAGACUUAGCCAUAUACCGUCGGCCUUUAAAGAUUUCACCAUCGUUUAACAUCCUGUAUAUUUAAAACUAGUGGCCAUAUUUACUAUACGUUCUAUUUUUUUAAGGUGGUACUAAUCAUACGACUUAAUAAUCCUUAUUUUUUAAUGUUACUAAAAAUUUUAGAGACUGUCAAUUACCGUAAAGCGUUUUAAUGUUGGAUUUAAAUGGAACUGAAUGAUCAGUAUAUCAAAACGAGUAGUUCCUCUAGCUGUAAGACGUGGUUCUGCUGUGUCGUAUAUUAUGCCAUUCAACGUAUCAUAAUUUUAGCUUGCCAGAAAUUUAGUAAUUAAAAAAAAUUAUACUACUUUAAAUACCAAAGCUUUAUUUAUAUGAAAUUUAUGUAUAUAAGUUGUCUGAAGCAAUGUACUGAUAUAGUAAUUUAAUAAUAGCUUUAUAUAUCCAUAAAAUUUCUUUUAUGCAGUUGUCACCAAAGAUCUGUCAAAGAUUUACUAUUUUUUAGUUUAGUUUAUUUUUUUUGAGAGUUUAUGUUUGUUAUUAGUGCAAUAUCGUUUUGCGACAAUGGAAUAGGUUUUAUUUGUACGUUUAAGCAAAUUUAUUUGCCAUCACAUUUUUUAUGCUUUUGAGUGUUAUCAGAGCAAAGCAAUGGUGAUGUAGAAAUUUUUUCUUAGGAGGUUUAUGUUCCUGAAAAGAAAUUAGUGCCAUUUUUGUGUAAAUUUUCACUUUGUUCUAACGCUACACUGGGGUGUAGACAUGUAUUUGAUGAUUGUGAGAAAUAAAUCUUAAAAUUUGUA